AUGACAAUCGUUGCAAUCAAAAAUGGAAUAGUGAAGGCCUUCUCAGGUGGUCAACAAUCACAACCCUUAAAUUCAGAUGGUACACCAACUUAUAGCUCAAUUGAUGGUAGACCAGAUGAAGAACAAUCAAUUAAUGGACAAGAAGUCAGCUCAUUAAAUUCCAAAAACAAUGAUGAUUAUGAUUCACACAACACAGCACCAGGAUUCUUAGGUAAAAUAGAUCCAAGAGUUAUGUCUGACGCGGUUAUUGGUUUAUCUGAUGGGUUAACAGUUCCUUUUGCCUUGACUGCAGGUUUAAGUUCUUUAGGGGAUUCAAAGUUAGUUAUUACUGGUGGUUUUGCAGAAUUAAUUUCUGGUGCUAUUUCCAUGGGUCUUGGUGGUUACUUAGCUGCUAAAUCAGAAUCCGAUUAUUACAAGAGUGAAGUUAAAGCUGAAAAGGCUAAAUUUUAUUCAAAUAUAACUGAAGUUAAUCAUGAAAUUGAAGAUAUUUUAUUAGAAAUAAAUCAAGAUUUCAGUGAAGAUACUAUAGUUUCUUUUAUUAGAGACUUGAAGAAGAACCCAGAAACAAUGGUUGAUUUCUUAGUAAGAUUUGGUAAAGGUCUUGAAGAACCAGCAGAAAAUAGACAAUUAACAAGUGCAUUAACAAUUGGUGGUGCUUAUUUCCUUGGUGGUUUCAUUCCAUUAAUCCCAUAUUUCUUUGUUGCCCAUGUUGAUCAAGGUUUAAUUAUCUCUGUGAUAACGAUGGCUUUCACUUUGUUCUGGUUUGGUUAUGUCAAAGCUCAAAUAUCUUUAGGUGCUACAUGCUCAACUCUAAAGAAAGUUGAAGAAGCUGUUCAAAUGAUGCUUGUUGGUGGGCUAGCUGCUGGUUCUGCUUGGGUAUUAGUUAGAGUUAUUGGUUAA